AUAUUGUUCUGUUAUUUAAUAUAUUUGUAUUUUUUAAUAUGAUAAAUUAUAAAAUUGAUGGAGGUGACAUUUUGUAGGAAAUAUUAACAUCGUUUUCAAUACUUUAAUAUAUUGACGUUAAGAGAUUCUUUUAAAGUUUAGGAGUCCUAAAUAGUGCAGAUGACGCUAAAAUGUAAAAAAACCGACACAGUCAAAUUUCAACCCCUUCAGAAAAGAAUUCUACCACAUAGAAUGUAAAAUUCUUGACACUUGCUUCGAUUUUUUGACUUAUAUUUGGUUAAAAGUACGUUUUUAAUCAAGCGUUUUGCUAAUAAUUGGAGUGGAAAUUUAGAAAUAAAAAGAGCAGAAAUAAACAAGUUACGGGCCAAGGAUUGUAGCUGUUUGACCUAUUCAUAUUGACAUAAAACAAGAUUAAUUUAAAGUAUAAUUUUUUAUUCACGAUAAUUUAAUGGGAACUGCAUUAUUAUACAUUCUCGACUUAACUUCAUUACCACUUGGUCCAGGAGUUAUAAAGCAACAUGAAAGUUAACAGAUGAACUGGUUAGAAAAAUAUGUAUCUUAAAUGUUAAUCUGGAGCGUGCUCGGGUGUGAUAAUUAUUUACAUUCAGAUAACAAAUGUGUAUAUUACAAGUGACAAUAUAAAAAAGGAGAUGAGUAUUGAUAGUUCAUGAUUCAACUAUCCAUCAGAGUCAUAAUGACGUGGAUAUUUUUGGAUAACAGACAAUGAAGAUACAUGGACAUUAAACUGUGAUAUGUGCAUUAAGCUUUUCUAAAAAUGAACGAUAUAAACGCUAACAACAAUUACAGCAGAAAACCCUUGACGCCGAAAGAACAAAAGGCAUUGCAACAGUUUAAAGAAAAUACAAAAGACAUUGCAGACCAAAAUAGCUAUGAUUUGGAAAAAUGGCUUCGAGCUCGGUGCUUUGAUGUUAGGAAAGCGGAACAAAUGUUACGCAACAGCAUCGAUUUCAAACAAAAGAUAAAAGUGAAUACUCUACUUCAAGAGUACAAGCCACCUGAGGUAUUACGAAAAUACUUAACUGGUGGAUUUUGUGGUCAUGCCAUUGAUGGGUCACCACUACGCGUGGAAUUGUUUGGAAAGCUAGAUAUCAAAGGCCUGAUGUUUUCUACAAAAAAGUCUGACCUAGAAAAAACAAAACUUCUGCAAUGUGAAUUGACAAUAAGAGACUGGGCAGAACAAAGCAAAAAGCUAGGACGACCUGUUGAUGGUUUAACAGUUAUAUUUGAUAUGGCUGAUACAGGAACUUCAAUGUUAUGGGUUCCAGGGAUGCGGAUGUAUUUGCAUUUGGUAAAAAUACUAGAAGAUAACUAUCCAGAAAUGAUGAGACGGUUAUUGGUUAUAAAUGCACCACGAAUAUUCCCAUUAUUGUAUAAAAUUGCAAGACCAUUGAUCAGUGAAGAGAUGAAACAGAAAAUACACGUAAAAGGAGAUGAUUACAAAGACUUACUGUUACGUUACGUUGAUCCAGACAAUUUACCAGCCUGUUAUGGUGGAAGAUUAACAGAUCCAGAUGGAAAUCCUAAAUGUGUUACUAUGAUUUGCCAAGGAGGAACAGUCCCAGAAAAAUAUUAUUUACAAAAUUCUGACAAUAUAUCACAAAUGCAAUCCACUACCGUCCCACGUGGUGAUAAACUUUACUUGGAAUACAGAGUGGAUAAACCGGGUAGUGUAAUAAGUUGGGAAUUUCAAUCGGAGGACCACGAUGUUGGAUUUGGUCUCCUUUAUGAAGAAAAUGAAAAGUAUGUUCCUAUUAGACCACUGGCAAGAGUCAAUAGUCACCAUGUGUUGGAAGAUGGUGUUCAUACUUGUGAGAAGACUGGAAAAUAUUUCUUGUGUUUUGAUAACAGUUUUAGUUGGACACGAUCAAAGAAAAUUCGUUAUGUUUGUGAAGUUAUUGCCCCUGAUGACUCUCUUAUAUCUCGAGAGAUUAAUAAGUUAAUAGAAGACGGUGAUUGGGAAACGUUAUCAGAAAGAUUUGAAACAACGCAUUUAUGAUGAAUUAUGUCUAUUAAAUAUAUGUUUCUUUUUGUUUUGUAUUAUACAUUCAUGCAUUUCCAACAUUGGUAAUGUAUGAAAACAAUGAAAUUGAUUAUUUAUACAAAUGUUCAAAGGUUUGAUUUGAAUUUGAAAUAUCUACCAUGCUUUAAUAUAUAUGAUUAUCAGAACUAUUUACAUGCAUAUAGUAAUACAAUUAUUAAUCGUUAUAUUUUCAGAAAGAUUUGACACGAUGCAUUUAUGAUGAAUUGUGUUUGUUAAGCAAUUGUUCCUUUUUGUCGUGUAUUAUACAUUCGUGUAGUUCAAAUUGAUUUGGUAAAAGCAAGCAAUACAAAUAUUUUUGUGUAUAUAUGUUGAGCGUGUAAGCCUGUACCUGAACAAAGUAAAAUAACAUAAAUACCGAACUCCAAGGAAAAUUGAAAUCAGAAAGUUUUUUAUCAAAUGGCAAAAUCAAAAGCUCAAGCACAUCAAACGAAUGGCAAAACAACUGUCAUAUUCUUGACUUGUUACAGGCAUUUCCUUAGGUAGAAAAAUGGUGGAUUAAGCCUGGUUUUAUAGCUAACUAAACCUCUCACUUGUAUGACAGUCGCAUAGACUUCCAUUAUAUUGACAAACAUGUGUGAGCAAAACACAAGCAAUUCAUUCUUAUCAUGACUAUUUACAUGCAUGUAGUCAUUUAAUUGUUAAAAAGAUAUAACAUAAAGUACUAUUUUUAAACAUCUGAUUGUUGGCAUCAUGAAUUUGACUUUAGCAUUAAGCCAGUUAUGUUCCCUGCUGUUACGAUGUUGUUGUAUGAUGCUGUACAUUUACAUAUUGGAAGCUAUGCAACAUAGUUUAACUAUGAUAAAUUGCACAAAAUAUUAUGUGUAUACAAAUUUUUAAUAGAUAUAGGAAGAUGUGGUAUGAGUGCCAAUGAGACAACUCUCCAUCCAAGUUACAAUUUAUAAAAGUUAAACUCGUUAUAUGUUAUACUUUUGACAUUUUUAACAUUCCAGUUGAAAUGGAAAGUAAAGAAUAAUUUGCCAUUAACAUAACCGUUGAACAAAAUCGAUCCAGCCGUUUGAGAUGUGAUAUACUUGUUACUUCUUUAUUAGGCAUAGUUAUAAUUCCAGAAUAAUGGAUACAGACAGUGGUAUCCUAUGGAACAAAAUCUGUAAAAAUAAAUAAUUUUUUUCAGAGUUCAUUUUUCUAAUAUACUAUAGAAUUUUCUUUUGUUUAGUUCUAAGCAUUUUAUACAAAUACAGUUUUAUUUAUUGUUUGUUCAUGAUGAUUGUAAAGUAAUUCAAGCAUAAAAUUCAGUAUUUAAAUCAAAGCAUAUCAACUACAGUACCAAUGAUAUAAAUCUGCAAUACGUUCUUAAAUGUGAUUGUUAAAUAUAUAAAUAAAGACUAUCGUUAAUACUUUA